AUGGCCACAACACUGCCGUAUCGGCCGUCGAAUGAGACUCUGUCUACUUCGAAUCUUCCUCAGAGCUUCCCCCCUCGGCUCUCGCCAGCUACCUCCUUCACAGGCCGCUCACCUAGCGUCUCACAAGGGUCGUUCCGGCGUACAUCUGGAGAGAACCCCAUAAGACAGCGCCGAUGCAAGUCACAAUACCCACUAGAUUCAACAGAGCGCCAUGUCGAAUAUAUUCUGGUUGCGUCUUUCCACAUCGACCGGGGCCCAAUUAUGGAGCAUCAAUACCCGGCAGCUAUCAGUGGUGAUGAAAGCAUGUUAGCUGAGCUGAUGCUGCCAGACCAAACGCAUGUGCGGAGUCAGGAUUGGACGAUAUUCUUCUUGCACAAGGACACCAGUGGCGAAGACGAGGAGAGCGAGGACGGCGGCAAGAAGAAAAAGCGCAAGUCGAAAUACCAUGCGAAUGACGAGGCUGCCCAUGUUCGAGAUGACAACCCGGAGACGCUUUCGGGCGACGAAGAGGAAGAGGAAGAGGACAGCGACGACGAAGGAGGCGAGGGUCCCCCGUUAAUGUACGUCCUGAACUUGGUGAAUACAAAGCAAGAUAACACAGUUCGCAGAGGUGCCGUUGUCAAGGCCAUGGCGAUCUGUACAAGACACUCAUUCCUCCAUAUAUACAAGCCGCUACUUCUUCUAGCUCUUGAAGAUUAUUUCAAAUCCCCAUACCCCGAGACUCUCGCAUCGCUUUAUGACGCAGUAAACGCCAUGGACCUUUCGCUCAUGCCCAAGAUGUCUCUGUUGGAGCGGAAUAUUUUACAAUCGAGUAACACUAAGGAGAUGUUCAUCGAGAAAUUUGAGCAGAUGAUUCGGCAACGUGAGGAGGAGGAGGCGGAAAAUGGCGAAAUACCACCCUCACCAAAAAAGUCCAGCCGGUACAGCCUCCCUCGAGACACCCACGAGUUUGAAUCUAGGGUAGUCUACAAUGACAUUCCCGUCCCCGUCAAAAUCCCUACGGUGAUCUGGCCUGAGACUGUCGGGGACUUCUCGCUUGUUAAACUCAUCCAAACUUUUGCUGCACCUCAUGCUGCUUCGCCGCAACCUUUCCCGAACCAUCCUCAUCUCACUACUAGCGGUCCACUCACACAUCCCAUCAUUGUCCUAGUCAACGCCAUUCUCACACAAAAACGCGUGAUAUUCUUAGGGCACAAUCGCCCAUCCGGGGAGGUAGCAGAGGCAGUACUCGCGGCUUGCGCGCUCGCCUCUGGUGGCAUCUUGCGCGGCUUCACCCGACAUGCCUUCCCAUACACCGACCUAACCAAGAUCGAUGACCUGCUCAAUGUCCCCGGUUUCAUUGCUGGUGUCACCAACCCAACAUUUGCCAACCAUCCGGAAUGGUGGGAUGUUCUCUGCGACUUACCCACUGGGCGGAUAAAGAUUUCCACUCAUGUCGAGCCUGCUCCCGUGACGGAGGGCUUCUUGUUCUUCCAGCAGCAAAAUAUACCCCUGCCGAAUAACAAUGCGCACCCCGCUAAUGCAGAUCCCACUGGGGAUAACUUGUUCAUGGAGGAUAUUCUACGAAGCAUCACAAAUCGUUAUGGCGAGAACUCCAUCCGAGCCAAGUGGCGGUUCUAUAUUACCAAGUUUGUCCGCGUGGCAGCAGCAUUCGAGGAGACGGUCUAUGGUGCUUCCAACUUGUACAUUAUCGGCCCUGGCGAAGAGCUUUCUCCCGAUAGUCCUACCGGCCAGCAGACAGAUCCCUCGGAUCCAGGUUCGCUGCGAGGCCACGGAUACGUGUGGCCGGAUGACUACGCUAAGCAGCGUGAGCUUUCCGCUUCCGCUGGAGAAAACACCCGAUCGUACUAUUCGUAUAUCCAAGAUAUCGCAGCGAUGUAUUAUCCUGCUCGCCCUAUCCAGCGGCCGGAUCUACACCACCAUCAUGACCGACUACGUUCAGGAAAGCUCUCCCAUUCUGAAGCAGGUGCCAUUUAUAUAGCCCUGAACCAUGUGGUCAAGGACUAUGCGGGCAUCUGUCAAUUGCUCUCGAUCGCCCCCGAGAACCAAGCUGGCCUCUUUUAUCUCAGCAUGGGUCUCUUUCACCCGGACCCAGUCGUCCGGGAGGCGACAGUAGAACUUCUUGAUCGCAUUGCAGUUCACCCGGCCGGGCGUCACUUCUGGGGGCAUUUGAACCGGUUCGCCAAAUUGGGGUACACUCGUGCGAAGCGAGAGAAAGAAAAGGAACCUCAAAGCCCAAUCUCCGGCCCAGGUUCUCCUAUUAAUACUACACCUGGUGCUAGCUUUGGCGGCGAACCACAAAGUCUCAGUCGGUGUUGCUCUUGGAAAAAGCCAAGCCCGAAGGAGCUAGCUGUC